GGCAGUCAAAGUAUUUCCAGUCGGUUGGCCGGCCUUUGUGUGUUAUGCAAAACGCGUCGUAAAUUUUUUGACAGACAAAUUUAUCUAUUUUCGACGACGAUUUUCAGCUGAGCCCAAAAUGGCAACGGCCUUGCCUCAUGUGCCCCCAAAGCAGGACAUGCCACCACCAGGUGGCUAUAAGAAGAUUCCCUAUCUGCGUGUGCCGCCCAAGAGUUACUUUACCGGCUUCCAAAUGAUCGCCGGCUACGUAGUCGUCACCACUGUCGGCCUAGGCAUCUACUACCUGACGGCCAAGAAGGUCAAGCGGGACGAGAUCGAAAUGCGCUCGGCCCAGAAUGUCAUCUUUCCGAUACUCAUUGCUGAGCGCGAUCGUGAGUUCCUGCGCCAAUUGCGUCGCAAUCGUGACGAGGAAGCUGAGCUCAUGAAGAACGUGCCCGGAUGGGAGGUUGGCACCUGGUACGGCGAGCCCGUCUUCAAAACCCUGCCGGAGGACACGCUGGUCACGCCUAUUUUCAAGGAGUUCUACGCCCAUACCGAUUGGAAAUCUUACGCCAAGCGCGCACACUUGAAGCUCUGGUCAUAAGCCUCCGGGUCCAUAGACCAAACAUCUUAUACGCUAUCUAGAUAAUACACAUUGUGAGCCUUUUUUUGUUUUUUGUUUAUAGAUUCGAUUGAUUAUUGAAUUACAUAAAAUGCAACACGCAUUGGCCGAGAAGGAAAACAACUUCAA